UCUUUAUAAACUCUCAUCAUUUAUCUCUUUUAAUCAUUCGACUCGAUAUCAAAUUAAAUAUCGACGAUGGGAUCUGAAACCUUUUUAGAAGUCAUCUUGGCGAUACUAUUGCCCCCGGUUGGUGUCUUUCUACGCUACGGCUGUGGUGUUGAGUUCUGGAUCUGUUUGCUGCUAACGCUAUUGGGAUAUAUUCCUGGAAUUAUAUACGCCAUUUAUGUGCUGGUUGGAUAGUAGUAUAUCAGUCUAUACUUCACGCUUGUUGAUGAAUUGUGCUAUAUUUUCCUCAUUUCCAUGUAUGAUUGGGAUUCAUCGUGUGUCAUGUAUUCCUUCUGUUUUUGACGUUUUAACAUUUCUUCUUUUUAUUUGAUAUUUUGACUUGCUGAGUAGUAAAA